AAAAAUUGGUUGGGUGUGGGUAGCUUACCUCGGCCUUUGCUUGAGGGAUUGAUUCUGAUUCCUCUUUCUUCCAUCACUUCAUUUCCACAUCGCAGCCUCCAACGCUCAAGACGGUUAAUUCAACGUCCCUCUUCCUCGUUUCCUCCGCCUCCUUCUUCUUCAUAACAUUCCCUCCUUCCCUUCCCUUCCCUUCACACUCGCCAUACCCUUUCUUCUUCCCCUCUCUCUCUCUCUCUCCCCUUCUCUAUUUCUGUCUCCCCAUAAUAAUGUCGUUCUCUGCAACCAAGUUCGCCCAGCCUCUCCCUAUCAAUUCCGUCUCUGCCUCCAGAUCCAAUGACAAGCCUCUCUCUUUUGAUCCCUUCAAGACUAGCUCCUCUUUCCUUGGAUCCACUCUCAAGCUUCGCUUCCAUGCGCCCUCUAAGGCUUCUCACUACCGUCGAUCCAUUGCCACUGCUGUUUCCGAUGUUGUUAAGGAAAAGAAGCUCCAAUCUUGCGCUAAUCUGCUUCUUACCAGAGAGGAAGCUUUAGUGCUCUACGAAGACAUGGUAUUGGGCAGGGCCUUUGAAGACAUGUGUGCCCAGAUGUACUACAGGGGCAAAAUGUUCGGCUUUGUCCACCUGUAUAAUGGCCAAGAAGCUGUGUCAAGUGGGUUCAUCAAACUUUUGAGGAAAGACGAUUAUGUAGUGAGCACAUACCGUGACCAUGUUCAUGCCCUGAGUAAGGGAGUCCCGGCUCGUGCUGUGAUGAGUGAGCUUUUCGGAAAGGCAACCGGCUGUUGCCGAGGACAAGGUGGUUCAAUGCAUAUGUUCUCAAAAGAGCAGAAUGUGCUCGGCGGGUUUGCAUUCAUUGGUGAAGGAAUUCCAGUAGCCACUGGGGCAGCAUUUUCCACCAAGUAUAGAAGGGAAGCAUUAAAACAAGCUGAUGCUGAUCAGGUCACAUUGGCAUUUUUUGGAGAUGGGACUUGUAAUAAUGGGCAAUUCUUUGAGUGCCUAAAUAUGGCAGCUUUGUGGAAACUACCGAUUGUGUUUGUUGUGGAAAACAAUUUGUGGGCUAUUGGGAUGUCUCAUCUCAGGGCAACUUCAGAUCCUGAGAUAUGGAAGAAAGGACCAGCAUUUGGAAUGCCAGGAGUUCAUGUAGAUGGGAUGGAUGUUUUGAAAGUCAGAGAGGUGGCAAAGGAGGCGAUUGAGAGAGCGAGGAGAGGUGAGGGACCAACUUUAGUGGAAUGUGAGACCUACAGAUUUAGAGGGCAUUCACUGGCUGAUCCUGAUGAACUUCGUGACCCUGCUGAGAAGGCACACUAUGCUGGUAGGGAUCCCAUCUCUGCAUUCAAGAAAUACAUGAUUGAGAACGAGUUAGCUAAUGAACAGGAAUUGAAGAACAUUAAUAGGAAAGUUGAUGAGAUUAUUGAAGAUUCUGUUGAGUUUGCAGACGAGAGCCCUCUUCCACUCCGCGGUCAGCUUCUAGAGAAUGUCUUUGCCGAUCCAAAAGGUUUCGGAAUUGGACCAGAUGGCAGCUAUAGAUGUGAGGAUCCAAAAUUCACCGAAGGCACCGCCCAAGUCUGAUUGUUUCCAGUCUGACCUCUAUUUUCUUGUGUUGGUUUUUAGUUUUGGAUGCAUGUUCUUAUUCUUAUAGUUACCAGGAUCAAAUGUUAAUCACGAAAUGUAUUAAGGUUUAUAAUAUAAUCAGGAUUUGUUCUUUA